AAGCCCAGGGUACGUGAAGGCAGCACCAAGGCAGCACAAGUAUAAAAGUCCAGGGUACGUGAAGGCAACACAAGUAGAAGACUAACGAGGACGUCUCUCCGCCGCCACCUUUCUUUCAGGCCCGCCGACUCGCUCCGUCUUCGGCAGCUGGAGCUCCGCCGAGCCGAGGAGUCAACGUCCUGGCCGCGGGAGGAGCAGCUCUCACAGCCGCCUUCAGAGCACUUUGGCCGGGGGAGUUUCUAAGGAGGCAGAGCUGGGACUUCCUGUUGGCGAGGAGAAAGAAAGGAAAGGAAAGGAGGACUGCCCAAAUAUUGUCCUCCUACAUCUCGGAACAAUGGCCAGGAGAUGCACCCUCGCCUUCCUGCUGCUCGCCGCCUGCCGCCUGGCGUCUUCAGCAGGACCCGGGUUCCCCGCCAUGUGCCCGCUGGAGCCGGCGGGCGAGGGCCACCCCGUGCAGGCCGCGCUGAAGACCUUCACGGCCCUGUCGGGCUGCGCCAGCCGGGGCACCGCCGGCCUCCCCCAGGAGGUGCACGUCAUCAACCUGCGAGGCGCCGCACCUGACGACGCACCUGUCCAGGUGGAGCUGCACCUGAAGCCCAUCCAGUCGCUGUUGCGCCACCGCAAGCCUCUGGUGUUUGUGCUCAACUCCCCCGGGCCCCUCGUCUGGAAGGUCAAGACGGAAAACCUGGUCCCGGGCGUCCCACGCACCUUCCAUGUGUCCCAAGGCUCGGAGGUGCGCUUCCCACCGGGCAACUUCUCCAGGUCCUGCCAGGUCCACCAGGAGCUCCUCCCACACGGCAACCAGCACCUCCUCACCUGGACCCUCAAGGCCUACCAGGCACUCACCUCCUUCUCCGAGAUCAGGAUGACCCGAGACGUCUACGUCAAAGUGGGAGAAGACCCGGUGUUCUCGGACACGUGCAAGAUCGACAGCAGGUUCCUGUCCCUCAACUACCUGGGGGGCUACGUGCAGCCACAGCCAUCCAAAGGCUGCGUCCUGUCUGCAGACCACCAGGACCAGGAGGUCCACAUCAUAGAGCUCCAGGCCCCCAACUCCAGCAGUGCCUUCCAGGUGGACGUGGUGGUAGAGCUGCGACCUCAGGAGGACGACGCUCCACUACACCGGGAUGUGGUCCUGCUGCUCAAGUGCACCAAGUCAGUCAACUGGGUCAUCAAGUCCCACAACGUGGUGGGCAAGCUCAGUGUGGUGGCGUCUGACAGCGUGAGCGUGAGUGCCGCCACUGAGAGGAGGAUGCAGGUGUCCAAGUCCCCCAAGCAGCAGCUGCCCCCCGGACCCCCGGCACUCAUCACAUGGUUGCAGCAGCACAACUACGGCGCCGCCACCUCCUACACCAGCACGCCCCUCGCCAACCACUUUGACGUGCGGCUGAAGGAACAAGGCGACCACCGCCACCCGGACGCCGCCUUGCCCCCGGAGCUCGCCAUCCUGCGCCAAUCCGGCCCGGCGUCGGGCGGGGCUUUGCGGCGCUCCGGCCCGCCCUUCCCCUUCCCUCCUCCAAAGUCCGAGGGCCUGCCACUGCCCUCCCUCCUGGACGACCGACCCUGGAAGGCGCCCAGCGUGAGCCUUGCCGUGCACUGUGAAGACGCCAAGAUGGUGGUCAGCAUCAGCAAGGACAGCCUGGAGGCCAACGGCUUUGCCAACGCCAGCCUCACGCUGCAGGACCCACAAUGCAAAGCGGAGGUCAACAGCACCCACCACACGCUGGUGACCCCUCUGACGGGCUGCCUUACCACCGUCUACCCGCUGCAGGGCACCACCAGCGCCCUCUACAUCAACACUGUCCUGAUUAGUCACGCAGAGUCCAAGGACGGGAGCGGUGGACCACUGGAGUCCGAGGACCUGGAGUCCACAGAGGUGUUCCCCAGGGAUGCUGUAGACCUGGACAGGCCCAGGGGGGCAGGACCAGACCAGCUGUCCAUCAUAACGUUCAACUGCACCUACCGGCACACCCGGGACAGCCAAGACCCAGGUCUAGGUCCAGGUCCAGGUCCAGGUCCGGUCCCAGGAAGCGUGCGGCCGGUGGACAUGACCUUCAGCAUGGAUCUCUACCACACGCCGCUGGCCAGCCCGCCGUCCCGCCAGGCCUUCUUCACCGUGUCCCAGGACCAGCAGGUCUUUGUGGAGGUGAGGUCGUCGUCCUCGGACCCAGGUGUGGGCUUCACCAUUCUGUCCUGCAUGGUGUCACCUGACGCUGACCCCAAGGGGGCGUCGUCCUACACGCUCAUCGAGACCGUGUGUCCCACCGAUGACUCGCUGCACUUCGCCACAGGUGAGCAGCAGGUGGACAGGAAGCGCUUCAGCUUCACCUUCAGGUCAGAGGUCAAGGCGUCGCCACAGUUCCUGCACUGCAAGAUGUCUCCGUGCUCCAUGGCGCCCUCUGCUGGCCUCCGCCUGGGCCUGGCGCCGUGUUUGGGACCCAGGCAGCCCUGCAACUCUCUGGACCUGGACCACAUCCUCACCAUGAUGAUGGGCGCCAAGACCACCAGCACCGCCCUCAAGCUGAUGGACGCCUCCUCACAUCCUCCCCACAUGACAGAUUUGCCGACCUAUCCUGACCCAGACCCCGAGGUCCCGGAUGACCCCGCCAAUAAAAACACCAUGGACACGCCCACUGUGGUCAUCAUCGCCUUCGCCGCCUUCGCCAUCGGUGCUCUUUUGACGGGAGCACUGUGGUUCAUCUACUCCCACACAGGCGGGAGGGCGGCGGCAGUGGGCGGGGCCCAGAAGUGUCAGCCCGCCUCGGAUCAGAGCAGCACCCGCAGCACCCGCAGCACGCCAUGUUCCAGCAGCAGCACGGCCUAGCAGCCACCAACGCCACAGCGGGAAGGGGACUCAGUUCGUCACGCUUUACCUGACACAUGAAACGUGAGACACUUGUUGGAGUUCACCAUCCAUUCAAAUCCCGACUUGGCUAUUUAAAGUGGCGCUUUCCCUCAUUUUCUGAAGACUGUGGUAAAAAAUGAAAACCCCGCCCCCCUCUUCCUCUCACACGAGAUCCACCUUUGCCUACUGUAGCCUUCAAGGACCACUUCCUGUGUCCCCAGUGGUGGAGCUUGUCAGCUGGUCCCUGGCAGGCACCGUGUAGAACCAGGACAGAACCACUCUGGCCUGUGGGCGUGGUCUACAGCCAAUGUGGGCGUGGUCUACAGCGGCUGUUCCAUGUAGGAAGCUGCCAAACAAUGUGAAAGACAAUAGCAACAUUUCAGAAGCUAUGCUAGUUCUGUACAUUUACACUCGGGGUGUCCAAACUUUUUCCCCAGAGGGCCACACUGACAAAUCCAAACACUUUGAUAUUUGUAGUAGGUUCCGACGCAUGCUGCAGACUUUUAGGGGCCCUCCAGUGUGGCCCCGGGGGCCAAAAAGAUUUGUUUUUAUUUUUGGAAUAAGGCAUAUAUUACUUUUUUAUUUCAAUUCUUAAAUAUCGACAUCAACUUCAGAUCUGUCCAUGGAUUAUACUUUUUAAUACAUUUCAUGCCCUUUUUGACAAAGAAAAGCCUUUUUUUUUGUGGCAAAAACAGCAAAUAUUUCCCUCAAAAUCAUUUCAAAGUCAAAUAUUUCAUCUUUCUUUAGCUCAAUAAUUCAUAAACAUUUUUUAUUUGAAUUCAUUAUUGUUUUUCAGCAAUGACUGUUAAAAAGGUGUUAUUGUCAACCAUGUUAACUUUAAGUUACUAUUGUUACCUAAAUGUUUGAGUUAUUGUCAACCAUGUUAACUUUAAGUUACUAUUGUUGACUAAAAUGUGUUAAUUAUUGUCAACCAUGUUAACUUUAAGUUACUAUUGUUGACUAAAAUGUGUUAAUUAUUGUCAACCAUGUUAACUUUAAGUUACUAUUGUUGACUAAAAUGUUAAUUAUAGUUAACCAUGUUAACUUUAAGUUACUAUUGUUGACUAAAUGUGAGUUAUUGUCAACCGUGUUAACUUUAAGUUACUAUUGUUGACUAAAAUGUGUUAAUUAUUGUCAACCAUGUUAACUUUAAGUUACUAUUGUUGACUAAAAUGUGUUAAUUAUAGUUAACCAUGUUAACUUUAAGUUACUAUUGUUACCUAAAUGUUUGAGUUAUUGUCAACCAUGUUAACUUUACGUUAUUAUUGUUGACUAAAAUGUGUUAGUUAUUGUCAACCAGGGUAAAUUAAAUUACUUUUGUUGACUAAAAUGUUAGUUAUUGUCAACCAUGUUAACUUUAAGUUACUAUAGUUGACCAAAUGUGAGUUAUUGUCAUCUAAGGUAAAUUUAAGUUACAAUUGUUGACUAAAAAGUUAGUUAUUGUCAACCAUGUUAACUUUAAGUUACUAUUGUUACCUAAAUGUUUGAGCUAUUGUCAACCAUGUUAACUUUACGUUAUUAUUUGUUGGCUAAAAUGUGUUAGUUAUUGUCAACCAGGGUAAAUUAGGUUACUUUUGUGGACUAAAAUGUUAGUUAUUGUCAACCAUGUUAACUUUAAGUUACUAUUGUUGACUAAAAUGUUAAUUAUAGUUAACCAUGUUAACUUUAAGUUACUAUUGUUGACUAAAUGUGAGUUAUUGUCAACCGUGUUAACUUUAAGUUACUAUUGUUGACUAAAAUGUGUUAAUUAUUGUCAACCAUGUUAACUUUAAGUUACUAUUGUUGACUAAAAUGUGUUAAUUAUAGUUAACCAUGUUAACUUUAAGUUACUAUUGUUACCUAAAUGUUUGAGUUAUUGUCAACCAUGUUAACUUUACGUUAUUAUUGUUGACUAAAAUGUGUUAGUUAUUGUCAACCAGGGUAAAUUAAAUUACUUUUGUUGACUAAAAUGUUAGUUAUUGUCAACCAUGUUAACUUUAAGUUACUAUAGUUGACCAAAUGUGAGUUAUUGUCAUCUAAGGUAAAUUUAAGUUACAAUUGUUGACUAAAAAGUUAGUUAUUGUCAACCAUGUUAACUUUAAGUUACUAUUGUUACCUAAAUGUUUGAGCUAUUGUCAACCAUGUUAACUUUACGUUAUUAUUUGUUGGCUAAAAUGUGUUAGUUAUUGUCAACCAGGGUAAAUUAGGUUACUUUUGUGGACUAAAAUGUUAGUUAUUGUCAACCAUGUUAACUUUAAGUUACUAUUGUUGACUAAAUGUGAGUUAUUGUCAACCAUGUUAACUUUAAGUUACUAUUGUUGACUAAAUGUGAGUUAUUGUCAACCGUGUUAACUUUAAGUUACUAUUGUUGACUAAAUGUGUUAAUUAUAGUUAACCAUGUUAACUUUAAGUUACUAUUGUUGACUAAAAUGUGUUAAUUAUAGUUAACUAUGUUAACUUUAAGUUACUAUUGUUACCUAAAUGUUUGAGUUAUUGUCAACCUCGUUAACUUUAAGUUACUAUUGUUACCUAAAUGUUUGAGUUAUUGUCAACCAUGUUAACUUUAAGUUACUAUUGUUGACUAAAAUGUUAGUUAUUGUCAACCAUGUUAACUUUAAGUUACUAUUGUUGACUAAAAUGUUAGUUAUUGUCAACCAUGUUAACUUUAAGUUACUAUUGUUGACUAAAAUGUUAAUUAUAGUUAACCAUGUUAACUUUAAGUUACUAUUGUUGACUAAAUGUGAGUUAUUGUCAACCGUGUUAACUUUAAGUUACUAUUGUUGACUAAAUGUGAGUUAUUGUCAACCAUGUUAACUUUAAGUUACUAUUGUUGACUAAAAUGUUAGUUAUUGUCAACCAUGUUAACUUUAAGUUACUAUUGUUGACUAAAUGUGAGUUAUUGUCAACCGUGUUAACUUUAAGUUACUAUUGUUGACUAAAAUGUGUUAAUUAUAGUUAACCAUGUUAACUUUAAGUUACUAUUGUUACCUAAAUGUGAGUUAUUGUCAACCGUGUUAACUUUAAUUUACUAUUGUUGACUAAAUGUGAGUUAUUGUCAACCGUGUUAACUUUAAGUUACUAUUGUUGACUAAAAUGUUAAUUAUAGUUAACCAUGUUAACUUUAAGUUACUAUUGUUGACUAAAAUGUGUUAAUUAUUGUCAACCAUGUUAACUUUAAGUUACUAUUGUUGACUAAAAUGUUUGAGUUAUUGUCAACCAUGUUAACUUUAAGUUACUAUUGUUGACUAAAAUGUUUGAGUUAUUGUCAACCGUGUUAACUUUAAGUUACUAUUGUUGACUAAAAUGUGUUAAUUAUAGUUAACCAUGUUAACUUUAAGUUACUAUUGUUGACUAAAAUGUGUUAAUUAUAGUUAACCAUGUUAACUUUAAGUUACUAUUGUUACCUAAAUGUUUGAGUUGUCAACCAUGUUAACUUUACGUUAUUAUUGUUGACUAAAAUGUGUUAGUUAUUGUCAACCAGGGUAAAUUAAAUUACUUUUGUUGACUAAAAUGUUAGUUAUUGUCAACCAUGUUAACUUUAAGUUACUAUUGUUGACCAAAUGUGAGUUAUUGUCAUCUAAGGUAAAUUUAAGUUACUAUUGUUGACUAAAAAGUUAGUUAUUGUCAACCAUGUUAACUUUAAGUUACUAUUGUUGACCAAAUGUGAGUUAUUGUCAUCUAAGGUAAAUUUAAGUUACUAUUGUUGACUAAAAAGUUAGUUAUUGUCAACCAUGUUAACUUUAAGUUACUAUUGUUACCUAAAUGUUUGAGCUAUUGUCAACCAUGUUAACUUUACGUUAUUAUUUGUUGGCUAAAAUGUGUUAGUUAUUGUCAACCAGGGUAAAUUAGGUUACUUUUGUGGACUAAAAUGUUAGUUAUUGUCAACCAUGUUAACUUUAAGUUACUAUUGUUGACUAAAUGUGAGUUAUUGUCAACCGUGUUAACUUUAAGUUACUAUUGUUGACUAAAUGUGUUAAUUAUAGUUAACCAUGUUAACUUUAAGUUACUAUUGUUGACUAAAAUGUGUUAAUUAUAGUUAACUAUGUUAACUUUAAGUUACUAUUGUUACCUAAAUGUUUGAGUUAUUGUCAACCUCGUUAACUUUAAGUUACUAUUGUUGACUAAAUGUGUUAAUUAUAGUUAACCAUGUUAACUUUAAGUUACUAUUGUUGACUAAAAUGUGUUAAUUAUUGUCAACCAUGUUAACUUUAAGUUACUAUUGUUACCUAAAUGUUUGAGUUAUUGUCAACCAUGUUAACUUUAAGUUACUAUUGUUGACUAAAUGUGUUAAUUAUAGUUAACCAUGUUAACUUUAAGUUACUAUUGUUGACUAAAAUGUGUUAAUUAUAGUUAACUAUGUUAACUUUAAGUUACUAUUGUUACCUAAAUGUUUGAGUUAUUGUCAACCUCGUUAACUUUAAGUUACUAUUGUUGACUAAAUGUGUUAAUUAUAGUUAACCAUGUUAACUUUAAGUUACUAUUGUUGACUAAAAUGUGUUAAUUAUAGUUAACUAUGUUAACUUUAAGUUACUAUUGUUACCUAAAUGUUUGAGUUAUUGUCAACCUCGUUAACUUUAAGUUACUAUUGUUGACUAAAUGUGUUAAUUAUAGUUAACCAUGUUAACUUUAAGUUACUAUUGUUGACUAAAAUGUGUUAAUUAUUGUCAACCAUGUUAACUUUAAGUUACUAUUGUUACCUAAAUGUUUGAGUUAUUGUCAACCAUGUUAACUUUAAGUUACUAUUGUUGACUAAAUGUGUUAAUUAUAGUUAACCAUGUUAACUUUAAGUUACUAUUGUUGACUAAAAUGUGUUAAUUAUAGUUAACUAUGUUAACUUUAAGUUACUAUUGUUACCUAAAUGUUUGAGUUAUUGUCAACCUCGUUAACUUUAAGUUACUAUUGUUGACUAAAUGUGUUAAUUAUAGUUAACCAUGUUAACUUUAAGUUACUAUUGUUGACUAAAAUGUGUUAAUUAUUGUCAACCAUGUUAACUUUAAGUUACUAUUGUUACCUAAAUGUUUGAGUUAUUGUCAACCAUGUUAACUUUAAGUUACUAUUGUUGACUAAAUGUGUUAAUUAUAGUUAACCAUGUUAACUUUAAGUUACUAUUGUUGACUAAAAUGUGUUAAUUAUAGUUAACUAUGUUAACUUUAAGUUACUAUUGUUACCUAAAUGUUUGAGUUAUUGUCAACCUCGUUAACUUUAAGUUACUAUUGUUGACUAAAUGUGUUAAUUAUAGUUAACCAUGUUAACUUUAAGUUACUAUUGUUGACUAAAAUGUGUUAAUUAUUGUCAACCAUGUUAACUUUAAGUUACUAUUGUUACCUAAAUGUUUGAGUUAUUGUCAACCAUGUUAACUUUAAGUUACUAUUGUUGACUAAAUGUGAGUUAUUGUCAACCGUGUUAACUUUAAGUUACUAUUGUUGACUAAAAUGUGUUAGUUAUAGUUAACCAUGUUAACUUUAAGUUACUAUUGUUACCUAAAUGUUUGAGUUAUUGUCAACCAUGUUAACUUUACGUUAUUAUUGUUGACUAAAAUGUGUUACUUAUUGUCAACCAGGGUAAAUUUAAGUUACUUUUGUUGACUAAAAUGUUAGUUAUUGUCAACCAUGUUAACUUUAAGUUACUAUUGUUACCUAAAUGUUUGAGUUAUUGUCAACCAUGUUAACUUUAAGUUACUAUUGUUACCUAAAUGUUUGAGUUAUUGUCAACCAUGUUAACUUUAUGUUAUUAUUUGUUGGCUAAAAUGUGUUACUUAUUGUCAACCAGGGUAAAGUUAAGUUACUAUUGUUGACCAAAUGUGAGUUAUUGUCAACCAUGUUAACUUUAAGUUACUAUUGUUGACUAAAAUGUGUUAGUUAUUGUCAACCAUGUUAACUUUAAGUUACUAUUGUUGACUAAAAUGUGUUAGUUAUUGUCAACCAUGUUAACUUUAAGUUACUAUUGUUGACUAAAAUGUGUUAAUUAUAGUUAACCAUGUUAACUUUAAGUUACUAUUGUUGACUAAAAUGUUAGUUAUUGUCAACCAUGUUAACUUUAAGUUACUAUUGUUGACUAAAAUGUUAGUUAUUGUCAACCAUGUUAACUUUAAGUUACUAUUGUUGACUAAAAUGUUAGUUAUUGUCAACCAUGUUAACUUUAAGUUACUAUUGUUGACUAAAAUGUUAGUUAUUGUCAACCAUGUUAACUUUGACAGCAGUUUGUCUUCUUACAAGAAAGUCUUUCAGUCAUCUAAAGGGAUUCCAUGUUAGUGGACUAAAGGGCAGUAAGUUGAAAUGUAAAUAAUAAAGUAUAAUGUGUCUUUGAAGUUAUCUUGAAGGCACUUUUAUUCAACUUAGUGCAGAAAGUGUCAACAACAACAACAUUAUUGUUUUAGUCAGGGAAAUAGAUGGUUAACUCAGAGACUUUUAGUCAACAACAUUCAUUAACUUUGGCCUCAGGAAUCAAAAAGUCCUAGAAGUGUUACAAAUGAAUAGUUGUUUACAUUUAUCCAGAUGUAACUCCACAAGGACAUGUGUGUGUGUUUUUAGAUGGCAAACACAAAAUAAAAGUGUUACAAAUGAAUAGUUGUUUACAUUUAUCCAGAUGUAACACAAAAUGGCAAACACAAAAUAAGCAAUCUUUUUUUCCCCCCAAAAAUUUGAAAGUGCAAUAUUUCACGAAGUCAUGGGAGCUUUUAAUAAGUCCACAAUUGAUUUGAAUUCAAUACUAUUUUGAGCAAUAAGAGUUAAAACAAAUGUAUGAAAAGUCUUGGGAAUCCAAAACUCCUAAAAGUGUUGAAAAUAAGUCAUGUUUUACUUCAAAUGCUUCAAUGUCUUCAGAUCUAUGAGUUGUUGAUAGUUUGAGUCUUGUCUUGUACUCACACAAACUUCCAACAAUCAUUUCCCCUUCAAAACUUGCAUUUGGAGUCAUUUUGAACGCAAGUAAUUGGAGUCUAAAUACUUUGUCAAAACAGCAGAAUGCGGUGUGGAGAAGUCCAAAAGUAUUUGGAGAUUGAACACUUCACAUCCAUCACAAGUCAUUCAUAUUUCUCAUGCUUUUCUUAGUUUUUUCACGCCCUCUUUAUGUUGUGGCAAACACUAAAUAUGCAAUCCUUUCCCCCCAAAAAGUGUAAUUUGAAGUGAAGUAAUUAGAUGACUCAUCAAUAACAUUGAUUUGGAUUCAUUAUUAUUUCUGGAGCCAUGAGACUUUUAAAGUAACACAACAGCCACUUUUGUCUUAUCGUCCACCUUUCACCUUUUUUCUUCCACUUUUUAUUGUUUUUAAAAAAUAUAUAUUUUUAGAAGGUGGCAUUCAAGUGUUGUGGGCACUUUGGGCACCCCUGGGAGCUCCUUUCCUCCACAAGGUUGAAACCACUCUGGAUUAGGAUGGCAUCUAAAAGAGGACUUUAUGCUCAUCUCAUGCUAGGAAAGAAAGGAAAGCGGAGCAUCAAGUGUAAAUAUUGUCAACAUGCUGAAAGACGUCAGCAGUGUUUGAGCGAGGGCAGUGAAGGCACCACUAGUAAAUAGUCCAGCUUUCAGAUGCCGGCCAAUCAACAUCUUUCUCUUGUCUUCAAUCAACUUUUAAGGAAAAUGGAGAAGAACAAACUUUGUCUUGGCCUCCUUUUUAUGAAUGUUUGCACCUGUGCCUUUAUUUGCUGUUUUUACAACUGUAAACUUGUAUAAAGCUUUCUACAGAGUAGAAGUCCUUUUGACGUUGUGUGUAUAAAAGUCUAUUUUGGAAUAUAUUUACCAGCAGAAUUUUAUUGUUGAUGUACUGUGAAAUAUUGCUUUGUUCCUUCAGAAAAAUGUUUUUACUUGUGUUUUUUCUAUAUUUGCAUGUAGAGAAUGUUGCUGAAUAAAGUGUUGAAUGUGGCUGACUUUAAA